CACAGACCGUAGACUAUUCCCACAACAACAAAAAAAUCUGACCGGGGUUUUUAAGCGUUUGGCCUUUUUUUUCCUUCCAUUGGGGCGGCAGCAAUUCGUGGUAGUUUGCCUCAUCUAUCGCCACAAGUGUGUCCAAACUAGACAAGUAUCGGCUCGUAAAAGAGAAUGGAUUUACAUGAGGAAAAGCUGAAAACUCAGAAGGAAACAGUGACAGAGGAGGCAUGAUUGACUCAGAGGAACUCCAAGCUUCCUUAAGUCUUGGUGAAAUUCCAGUAAGAAAUGCUCCAGAAAUCCAUGAUGAAACAGGCAGAGCGGAGACUCCUGGCUGCGUGAAGCGACUGCGAGCCAGUUGGCAACUUGUUUUGAUUGCGAUUUUGAUGGUGGUGAUUCUUGCUCUGAUUGGUGUCCUUUUUAGUGAGAAAAAGGAAAAACAGAGCCUGGAAGCAAAAUUACAGCAUAUGGAAGAGGAGAUAUUUGCUGCAAGGAUCAAUACAGAUAGGCUGCAAAAAGAAAACAAUCAGCUGAUGCAGGUUUUGAACUUCACUUACCAAAACUUCACUACUGUGGAAAAUGGUGGCCAACUGAAGCAGCUUCUAAACACCACUUUGUUGUCAAUUGAAAAAACCCAGCUGAGCCAGCUCUUGGAGAAGACAUUGCAAGAAAAAACGCAGUUGCAAGUGGAGAAAAAUGAACUGAACAUGCUUCUAAAUUCAACACUGCAAAGUUGUAACCUUGUGGAGGCGGAGAACGUACUACUGAAGGUGGCACUGAACCAAUCACUGCAUAACAACACAGUGGCAUCUGCAGAAAAUGAACGGUUGCAACUUCUGUUAACCAGCGAACAGCAAACCAGUGCGCAGCUGGAAACAGUAAACCAGCGACAGCAUUCAAUCUUAUUCUCCAAGAGGCUGACCUUCGUCUGGAUGUUCUGCAACAAUGACACCCUGCAGUGUUCGCGAUGCCAGCCUGGCUGGACCGAACAUGCUUCACGCUGCUUCUUCUUGUCAACAGUGGCAAAGACGUGGGAAAAUGCUCGCUGGGACUGUUUCAGCAUGGGAGGUGACUUGGCUGUUGUUUUGAACGCCGAAGACCAGGCAUUCUUGACCAACAUGACUUUUCAGUAUACACAGCAGCACCGUGGGGAAGUGUUCCAUUCAGCCUGGAUUGGGAUGCAGGACAUGGUGAAAGAGGGCACCCACUACUGGGUCAACGGCAACAGUAUUCAGUCAGAUGUCAUAUACUGGAGGGAUUCGGAGCCAAACAACUCCAUUCCCUCCUGGGACGUUGACAUGGCAGGGCAGGACUGUGUUGCCAUUGUGCCGCCGAAUGAAGUUGGUGUCGGGGAUUGGUUAAACUCCUGGGAUGAUAUCGUUUGUCUUGGAGCACGACACUACAUAUGCGAGACAGUGGCUCUCAUAGUGUCCUGACAGAAAGACCUGGGAUGUAGUCCACUUUUAGUAGAAGUAUCCUGAUAUAUGUAAAGUCUUGUUUUCUCUUUAUGUGUAUUGUGCUAUAUAAAAACUAUAGAAUUAUUGCUAGGAUGUCCAUGCUGUCUCACUAGGCACUUGAUCUGGUGCAAAAAAAGGCUACAAAAAAGGGCAAAUGUAGCAACGCUCUACAGUCAACUUGACUAUGAAAAGUUUUGAGUUAGACUGUUUAAGAUGCUGGAUUUUUUUAAAAUCAACACCUGAAUUCAAAAAUUUAAAGUUUUCAUAUUUCUGACCAUCCUGCUCUAGUAAUGAGAAGGUGGCGACAUAUAAAUGUUUAAUUCUUGAGUUAGAUUCUCUGUGUUGAAGUGCAAUGCACACUUUCACCACAUAGACCAGUAGCAUCUGCUGUAAUCCAAUGUGAUUGAAAAAUUGAUAAUAAAUUUGGUUUGACAACACAGCAAAAUACA